AUGUUUGUUUUGAAUAAAAUUUAUUGGAUAAAAAUUUUAUAUUUUUUUAUUUUGUUAUCACCAAUAAUAAAUGUUAUAUCAGAAAAAGAGUUACAUGAAUUUUGCCCUCAUAUAUAUAAUGAACAAAUACAAAAUUGUGUUUUACCAGUAUCACAAUAUGCCAAAAUUCUCCAUCAACAAAAUGGACAAUCUAUGACUUCAGAAUUUAAUCAAGCUUUUAGUAUUCCAAAAGUUGGAAAAGAUGUCUUCCAUGAAUUAUGUAGAUUAAUUAGAAAUUUUAAUUCUUGUAUAGUUAAAUCAAGAGAUGAAUGUCCAAAACAUAUUACUAUAAAUUUAAUUGAUGCAAGCUAUGGGUAUUUAUGUAAUGAAGCACAUGAUAUUUUUUUAAAUUCAGCAGAAUGUCUUAUGGAGCUUGAUUUACAACCUGAUAUCAAACAAUGUCAUGAUGAAACUUUACAAGAAAUUGAAACAAUUAGUACAACAACUGCAAUAACAUUACUUUUAAAACUUGAUCGAAUGUGUAGUGCAUUAAAUUAUUUUUCUUCAUGUGUAAAGAUUCCAAUUAAAGAAAAGUGUGGUAAUGAAGCAUGGCAUGUUAUAUAUCAUGUUCUUAAACAUACUACAAAAACAUUAAUGCCAGGUUGUACAUUUAAUUAUAAUCAUCAUAUAGGAAAACAUUAUAUUAAAAAAGUUUCUAAUCAUGAAGAUAUUGAUAACUUCAAUCAAAAUUUAGAAAAGCAAGAUAAAGAAUUAAAAAAUAAUAAUGAUAAUGAAGAUAAAAUAAAAAAAUAUAAAAUAGAUGAUAAACUAAUUAGUACUAUUGAUUAUAAUAAUGAAUUAUUUGAAAGUACAUCAAGUAAAAAUAAUCUUAUGUUAAAUUGUUUGGAUACAAAUCCACAUUGUGAAAGAUUACAACGAGCAUGUCUACUUCCAACAUACAAAAUAAAAAUGCAAACAGAAUGUCCUUUAACGUGUAAUUUAUGUACACAUUAUGAUAAAUUUUCAAAAGAUAAUCAUAAUGUUGAUUACAAUUCUUCAACUUUUCAAGUACAAACAUCAUAUUUACUUACAAUUGCUUUAAUUUUCUGUUUUACAAACUAUGAAUUUCUUCAUUUAUAA